AUGACGGCAUCUAGUGAGAUCGUCGUCAGAGCACAUGUUCCGGCUUCAAAAAUUGCACAACUGAAGACCCCUGUCAAAAACGCCACCGCAGCAGCAAAAAAGAAAACACUCGAGCCAACAAACACGGGAACGGCCCUAGUCAAGCGAUCGAUCAAGCCUUUCAAGUCGAGAAUGAUGGAUGAGGUUCCACUGUUUGUAGAGGACGACUUUGAAGAGGUAGAACAGUGA